CACGGGCUCAACUUAUACCAAAAAAAGUUUCAUAUUUCGUAAAAGCUUAUUUCCUUACAAAAAAGUCUUGUUGCGAUGUGCGUUUCCUCGUCGUUUUUUUCUGCCAUUUCCGGAUCAUCGCCGUUUGCGUGUUUUCGCUGGUUGGUGCCACGUCAUGUCUGCCGUCUCUCCACUUUGCCAACUAUUUGACUUUGCGACGUUCCCGUAAUGAGGGUUCUUGCUCGGGAGCCUCCCCAGCUGGGAAGAAGAAUCCAUACACUUUGUUUGUCUUAAUAGUGAUCUUGCAUGCUCGCACCGCGCGCCGAUGCCCGCCGCCACAAGAAAGUGGUCGACGGGUGCACUGUACUGACGUGGACAUUGAUGACGACAUACACUCACAUACACACAUAGUCACUUGA